CGGGGCGGUCCGAUCUGGGGCAAAGGUCGGCGCUCGGUCACCGGGCUCUUCGGAAACAUGUCGGCGGAGGAGAAGCAGCCCGGGUCGCCGCAGGUGAUCAACCCCGUCAAGAAUUUCUUCGCCGGGGGUUUUGGCGGGAUGUGCCUGGUGUUCACCGGGCACCCGCUGGACACCAUCAAGGUCCGGUUACAGACGCAACCAAAGCCUCUUCCUGGCCAAGCUCCCAUGUUCAAAGGAACUAUUGACUGCUUCUACAAAACACUAGUUCGAGAGGGUGUUCGAGGUUUAUACAAAGGAAUGGCUGCUCCAAUUAUUGGUGUUGCACCCAUGUUUGCUGUGUGUUUCUUUGGCUUUGGCUUGGGUAAGAAACUACAGCAGAAGAAUAUUGAAGAUGUCCUCACGUAUCCGCAAUUGUUUGCUGCGGGGAUGCUAUCUGGGGUUUUCACCACUGUGAUCAUGGCACCAGGGGAGAGGAUCAAAUGUCUUUUACAGAUUCAGGCAGCUACUGGAGAAAAGAAGUAUGCUGGUCCUUUGGAUUGUGCGAAACAGAUCUACAAAGCAUCUGGCAUUCGGGGCAUCUACAAGGGGACUGUUCUCACCCUCAUGAGAGAUGUCCCUGCCAGUGGAAUGUACUUCAUGACCUAUGAAUGGCUGAAACAUACACUUACUCCAGAGGGACAGAGUGUUGCUGAUCUGAGUGUACCCCGAAUCCUGUUUGCUGGUGGAAUGGCUGGAAUCUUCAACUGGGCAGUUGCAAUUCCUCCAGAUGUGCUGAAAUCCAGAUUCCAAACGGCUCCUGAAGGAAAGUAUCCUAAUGGGUUCCGAGAUGUUCUUCGAGAACUGAUCAAGGAGGAAGGUAUUGGUUCACUCUACAAAGGCUUCAAUGCUGUCAUGAUUCGAGCGUUCCCUGCCAAUGCGGCCUGUUUCCUUGGCUUUGAGGUUGCCAUGAAGUUUCUGGAUUGGCUUCUACCUGGUGUGUGAGAGGGGAUCAUAAGUGGAUCAGUGCUGGAAAUCUGAAAUAGCUUACCAGAUGACCGUGACUGUUUUCAACAUGCUGAAUCAGGGAUGGGAUUUCGUUAUCUAAUAGUUGCUGCAUUGAAAAUUUAUCAUUGUCAUUUUAUGAAGAAUUAUAGUUACACUUGCCUUAACUAUGUUUAGCUAAUGACUGUGGGUUCUAUGUAAAACCCUGAAAUUUGGUUUUGAGCCAUAAUUUAUAAGUAAUACGAUAUGCACAGGGCGAAGGCAAUUAUGAAUUAACUGCUUCGACUUAAUGAAAAAGUGGCUUUUUGUGGUUAUGGUCUCACGAGCUCACAGCUGUCCUUGCACUGAUGUUAUUGUUAAGCCCUUCCUAGUGCACACAACUGUGCAAUUAACCAGAAAAAAUGCUAAACUAUUGCAGUAACUGAGGGAGAAGAGAUUUUUAUUAUCUUGGGUGUGAUCCUUCAACGGUUCAACCCUUAUUCUUGGUGUGACCUUUUCGGGAUGAGACAAAUUAAUUUGGGUGGGUUUGAUUUGGGUUUCCUUUGGCACAGCUAAUAUUUGAUUUCGAGGCAGUUGAUAGAAUGCGGAUUUUGAUAGCAAGGACAAGUUAAAGAUAUAGACUUGAUGGAAUGCUGUACAAUGCCACAGAGACUGCAGUGGUUAAAGAAGAUUGCUCAAUACCAUUUUUCAAGGGCAAUCAGAACUUGGCAACAACUGCUGACCUUGCCAGUGAUUCCAACGUCCCAUGAAAUAAAAGAAGGAAAGUUGCAUUUUAGGGUUGAGAGAUGUGUUUCAUUCUUAGCAGACUAGAAAAAUGAGAGCAUUGAUGCUCAUAACACAGUUUACAAGCUUCAGUUAUCUUUAUCGUGUGUCUUUUGAUGGCUGUUCCAAACAGCCCUCUAAUCUUUGAAUAUCUGAUCAGACCUGACCUUACCUGACUAUGCUGUGAACCUGCCAAUUAAAUCUUAUUAGAACCUGCAUUUCUACAUUUUAGUUUCUGGAUCUACUGCCUAGAAUGUCAGGAACAACCUUGCUGUUGCAGCAAUGGAUUCAGACUGACCAUCUCACCACAGUUCGAGGACCAUUAUCAUUUUAAGUAAUGGAAAUGCUUAUAAUUUCCUGUUGAUUUUAUCCACCUUGUUUAAUACUUGCCCUCAACAUUAAGAUCCUUGAAUCUUGAUUUAGUAUUUUAAGGCUGGGUUCAUCUGGCAGUACAGAAAAUUGGAGCUUUGACUGUCAAGAGAAUUUCCUGGAAUUUCUGUUUAGAUUAAGAACAGCUGGGGAAAACCGAGAGCUAUUAUUUCAAUUUUAAUUGUGUAGUUGGGCCGGAGAGAAAAACCAGCACUUAUCAACCAGUGUUGUUCAGCUUGAAUACCUGUGUUAAAACACCUUAGUCCCCAUACCUGCCAUCUUUAAUCAGGGAUUACGCCAGGCACAGAACAAGGCUAGGAAUGGUGGUAAACUGGUAUGGAAAAUUUGGCAGAUGGUGGAAUUGAGGUGCCACAAAUAACUUGGAAUAUGGCUUCCAUUGAUAGUGGUGUUUUUGAAGGUUUCACCAAACUUUAAUCCCAAAGCACUGAUGCUGCACUCUUGACCUUCUGGAGACAAACUGUAUAAUGGCUUCAAUAAAUGGGAAUUGGCAGUUCCAUGGUGGCAAUUCUGAAGCAAUUGAACAACCUAUACCAUCCUAAUAAUGAGUGAAACCGUCCUGAAGUUGAUUCUCUGCUCGUCCAAUGUCCAUAUACAUCCAUGAGGGUGGCAUGGUGGCUCGGUGGAUAGCACUGCUGCUUCACAGCACCAGGGAGCCGGGUUUGAUUCCAACCUCUGGUGACAGCCUUUGUGAGGUUUACAUGUUCUCCUUGUGUCUGCAUGGGUUUCCUUCAGGUGUUCCGGUUUCCUCCCACAAUCCAAGGAUGUGCGGGCUAGGUGAAUUGGCCAUGCUAAAUUGCACGUUGUAUUCAGGGAUGUAUAGAUUAGGUGCAUUAGUCAGGGGUAAAUACAAGUUCGGGGAAUGGGUCUAGGUGGGUUACUCUUCGGAGGGUUGGUAUUGACUACUUCCAUACUGUCAGGAUUCUAUGGAUUCUACACAUUUUUCGAUAGUGGUUACUGCGCGCUGAUUGAGAGCUAAAGCCUCGGCUUGUCAUCUGCCACAGCCAUCAACCACAACUCUGAGGAGCUUUGAUGUAAUUUGUUCCUCUUCUCGAAGUCUUGGGACCAGCAAAAUUGGGUGUUGACCAUAAGUCAGAUGUGAAACCCUCCGAGUGUGCCAACUAUCCAUCAUGUAGUGCAUUUAGAAACUGGGCCAUCUUGUGGUUAGUUAUUGCCUCAGGGUUUAAAUUCUCACUGCCUUUUAUCGGAAACGGAGAGGUGGGGCUGAGUAGGGCUAUAAGGAAGAAGCUUGCACUGGAUGUGCGAUAUAGGUUUACAGCCUCUGUUCUGGCCUUAAUUCAGCAAUAUUGUGUCUUUCUGAUGAAGCUUGUCAUGUUUUACUGCAGGGUUGCUGUUACUUGAUCUGCUGAAUCCUGAAUGUUUUAUGUUUCAAAAACCAGUGCCGCAGUCCUUUUGAGAAUUACAGGCCCUGUAGCACAUGGCUCAAAUGCUGUCUGCUCCAAGAUUUCAUUCACUUUAUUCAAAUGAACUAAUGAAACCAUUUGAAGCCAUGACUCUUGAAUGCAAUAUUUAUGAAAUGAUUGCAGUUAUUAAAUCUGUGCCUUCUGCCUUAAGUACUUUACAAUUAUAAAUGUCCUAUGCUUUGCUUAAAUGAAAACAACAUUUCUGGAUUGGAUCUGACAUAAUAAAUGAGUAUAGGUUCUCAUUGUUGAGAACAAAUUGUGAUAAUUAGCUUGAAGCUAUUAAUAUUAGAGGCUGACUCGAACGAUUGGAAGAAACGAGGAAAGAAAAAUGAAACCAUCUUUGGAUGAGCUGGGCCACUGAUUAAAGAAACCCAACUUCAAUCAGUGGGAUUCCCAGGCUUCUCAGUGACGUUUCGAGAUCAGCUUCUCUGUUUUUCUCCAUUCGUUUUCAUGGAAACCAAAUAUUAAAUUUGUUUCCAUGAAUUAGCAAUGGCCUUGGAAAGGACCAUUCCUGUAAAACCACGUGUGAAUAUUUGCAAUUUCUGUUUUCAAAGGAAAAAAAUGCACUUGUCAAUGCAAGCAACUCAGCAACUGUAGGGAUUCUUUGUGCCUGCAACGCUUGUGCAGAUGUUGUUUGAAGAGGCAGUGCAGGUUUGAUACUACCUGUUGGAUCUUGCUAACAAUACCUCAAAAUUGCCUCUAAUCUCAUGUGCAGAUUUCUAGCUGUUUACAGCCAUCUGAUGAAUGUGGUGGUGUUACUCUCUUCUUUGCAGAGGAGGGAAUUGUCUGGCCACCAUCUCUUCCCCUUAUUCUGGAGUUUUGCACAUAGACCCCCAGCACAAUCUGUGACCAGUGGACUUCCACCCAGAGAUAUAUAUUUGACGAGCUAGCUACUGCCACUUGCCUGAAAGUGGUUUCCAGUUUAACUGGUGAAUUUCAAAGCUGUGUCCAUCCACCAGGAAGUAACGUUGAUGAACACAUGGUGAUGAAAAACGUAUGUAGAACUGUUUUGCAGUGGGUUAAGCUCUCCCUUUCAUCUCUGCUGCCUAAAUUAAACAUUAAUGGUUAAAUAUCCUUUCUAGCAGACUGCAGCUUGUGUAAAUGGUCCACAUAGGUAUUUAGCAUUGGAUAGGCAUUUGGAAGUUAUUGGGCUAGUAUAGGUUAGGUAGGAUUCGGUCAGCGCAACAUCGAGGGCCGAAGGGCCUGUACUGCGCUGUAUCCUUCUAUGUUCUAUGUUCUAUAUAGGUGUUUACUAAACAGCACCAAUACUAGCAUGGGAGGAUGUGAUUGCAUCUCCGCCAGGAGUCUCCGUACUUUGGAGUGCUGCACUCUUAAAGGGUCAUCAUUCAGGCAUGGCAUAAACUGAACCCCUAUCUGCAUUCUCAGGAGUACACCAAGAUUCCAGUGACACUUUUUUGAAUAAGUGUUUGCGAGUUCUAUCUAAUGUCCUGGUCCAUAGUUAUCCCAGAACAGCCACCAUUAAAAUGGAUCAUUUGGUCAUGUAUCUCAUUGCUGUUUAGAGAACUUGAUCUGCAUUACAACAUUGACCACACUUCAGAGGUACUUGGAAUGUCAGUGGGUUGUGAAAAGGUGAUGUGUGAAUGCAAUUACUUUUAACUGACUUUGUACCUAUUAAUAUUUUUUUGUGUGGAGCUGUGGCUCAAGGUUUACCAUUUUUAAUGUUUUGUGAUUGAGACAAUGUGAGAAGUCAUAUUAUUAUUUUUACUAGUCUGUUGUAACACAAGUAACCAAUAUGAUCCGAAGGCCUUUCUGGAAUUAUCUGUUUUAACAGUAAGUGCAGAUUUACUGGAUUACUUUGUUGAUAAAAUCAAUAUUAUCGAUAGUGAAUGAAUAAAUCUUUUAUCUGUUGAAUUUUCUUCACACUCAAAUAAACCUGGUUUC